GUUGUUUCAGUUUUGAAGCUGCUGAAAGUUGUCAAAGAAACAAACUACUGCUAUGCAGUCACUCUAGGACACUGUGGGAUGUGGAAAAAAACAGACUGAAAGAGAGAGAUAAUCAGAUUCUCUUCUGUUGCUUGCUUGCUGCUGAAGGAGCUGAAAGUGAACUGCCCCGAGAAUAAAAUUGACCAGGACUGAUUAAAAAAUAAUAAUAUGGGCAGCCUUCAGUUGGAUGAUUUUGUAGCUGGAUGGGUAGGAGGAGCCACAGGUGUAAUUGUGGGACAUCCUUUGGACACAGUAAAGACUCGCUUACAAGCUGGACAAGGCUAUGGAAGCACAUUUAACUGUGUCCUCACUGUGUACAGAAAUGAAACUGCUGCUGGAUUCUUCAAGGGAAUGUCAUUCCCACUUGUUAGCAUCGCUGUCUACAACUCAGUGGUAUUUGGUGUCUUCAGCAAUAUCCAAAGGUUCAUUUGCCGGCAUCGCUAUGGGAAUUCUAACAGUUCGCCAGCUCUUAUGGACUUAGCGUUAGCAAGCAUGGCAGCAGGGACUGUGUCAGUAGGAAUUGGUGGCCCAGUUGAUCUGGUAAAGAUACGGCUACAGAUGCAGACCCAAACUUUUCUUGAAGCUAACUUAAACCUGAAACACAGAGUCACUGGCAUUUCCAUACAGACUGCCUACAGAGGCCCAGUUCACUGUGUUGCCACAAUUCUUCGGCAGGAUGGUUUAGCUGGACUCUAUCGAGGUUCUAGUGCUAUGAUUCUGAGGGACAUUCCUGGAUAUUGCCUCUACUUUAUUCCGUACACAUUUCUCUGUGGAUGGAUCACCCCAGAUGGAUGCCUAUCUCCUAGCCCCUUUUCUGUGUGGAUAGCUGGUGGUAUUGCAGGAGCAAUAUCUUGGGGAACUGCUACUCCUAUGGAUGUUGUGAAGAGUCGUCUUCAAGCAGAUGGGGUUUAUUUCAAGAAAUACAAAGGAGUCAUUGAUUGUAUCUCCCAAAGUUAUCAUAAUGAUGGUCUAAAGGUCUUUUUUAGGGGGCUCACGGUGAAUGCAGUGCGUGGAUUCCCAAUGAGUGCUGCCAUGUUCCUUGGAUAUGAACUUUCACUCAAAGCCCUAAGAGACCAAGCGGAAACAAAUCCUUGA